AUGAAAAAUCCUCCAGCAGGUGUUAAACUUGUUAUGGAAGCCAUUUGUGUAAUGAAGGGAGUCAAACCUGAGAAAAAGCCAGAACCAGAAAGUUUGAAAACUUUUAAUAAAGACAAUAUACCCGAAGCGACAAUGAAGCGCAUCAGACAAAAAUUCAUUCCCGAUCGAGAUUUUGAACCUGAUGUGAUAAAGAAUAUUUCUACCGCUUGUGAAGGAUUGUGCAAAUGGGUGCGAGCUAUGGAUGUCUAUGAUCGUGUUAUUAAAAUUGUAGCACCAAAAAAGGCCGCACUGGCUGAGGCAGAAGCUUUGCUGGCUGCGCAAAUGGAAGUGUUAACUCAAAAAAGGGCACAAUUACAAACUGUAAUGGAUAAAUUGCAAGCUUUGAAUGACGAAUUUGCAGAGUUUUCCAAGAAGAAAAAGAAUUAG